CCCCGCCGCGCCAUGAUGCGGAGCAGGGCGCUGUGGAGCUGCUGCCUGCAGCUGGCCGCGCUGCCCUCGGCGGCCGGCUGGUCGGGGGGCAGGCCGCAGCCCUUCAACGGCUCCUGCUGGAGAGCCGCGGAGCCGCCGCGCAGGGGGUGGGGCGGCACCAUGGAGGAGGAGGAGGAGGAGGACGAGACUCCUCAGGGGCGGCAGCAGCAGCGGCAGCAGCAGCCCGGGAGUUCUCCUCAAACAGAGAUGGAUAAGAACACGGAUGAAGAGCAGCCUGUGGCUGCAGGUAACCAGUACCCUAAAGAAGCGGUGAAGAAACGUGAGAAUUCGGGCCGAGAUUCCAGGAGCAGUGAUUCUUCCAGAGCCUCCAGGAAAAGCUUCAGGCUGGACUACAGAUUAGAAGAGGAUGUAACUAAAUCAAAGAGAGGCAAAGAUGGGAGAUUUGUCAACCCGUGGCCAACAUGGAAAUCGCCAACCUUGCCAAAUGUUUUGAAAUGGUCCCUCAUGGAAAAAGAUAACAGCAAUGUGCCACGCUCAAAGCAGGAACUGGAUAAUGAGCUUCCAGUGUUAAAACCUUACUUUGUUCAAAAGCCGGAACUUGUUGGGAAGACAGGAACUGGGAUGCGAGUCACGUGGUUGGGACAUGCCUCAGUUAUGGUGGAAAUGGACGAACUUGUCUUUCUUACUGACCCCAUCUUCAGCCAGCGAGCUUCCCCUAUUCAGCUGAUGGGUCCCAAGCGCUUCCGAGGACCUCCGUGCACGGUAGAGCAGCUCCCCAAAAUAGAUGCAGUGGUGAUCAGCCACACCCAUUACGAUCAUUUGGACUACAACACCGUAACGAGUUUAAACCAACGCUUUGGGAGCGAGCUGCGCUGGUUUGUGCCUCUGGGGCUCCUGGGCUGGAUGCAGAGAUGUGGUUGUGAGAAUGUGAUUGAAUUGGAUUGGUGGGAAGAGAACUGCGUCCCCGGUCACGAUGCCGUAACUUUUGUCUUCACCCCUUCUCAACAUUGGUGCAAACGGACUCCGACAGAUGAUAACAAGGUUCUUUGGGGCAGCUGGUCUGUCUUGGGACCUUGGAAUAGGUUUUUCUUUUCAGGAGAUACUGGAUAUUGUGUUGCUUUUGAACAGAUAGGUAAAAGGUUUGGACCUUUUGAUCUUGCAGCCAUCCCCAUUGGAGCUUAUGAGCCAAGGUGGUUUAUGAAACACCAGCACGUGGAUCCUGAGGAAGCAGUAAGAAUCCAUAUUGACGUUCAAGCAAAGAAGUCUGUAGCAAUUCAUUGGGGGACCUUUGCUUUAGCAAAUGAGUAUUACAUGGAUCCUCCUGUUAGACUGAAUGAAGCUCUUGAAAGAUACGGCUUGAAAAAAGAAGACUUCUUUCUCUUACACCACGGAGAAUCGCGGGACUUGAGUACAAACGAUGGGUUUGAAUAAUGAAGCAGCAGUUCCUCUUCAGCCUGGGUUGAACUAGCAACUAAUGUCACAGAGUUUAAUAUGAUGUAGCUACAAAGUAGAUUUUUUUGGAGUGAAUUGGAUUUUUAGAUGCCAGAUUUGUCAGUUCCAGAACUAAAACUUGCAUACCAAUCUCAUGAUAAAUUUUACUAGUUAUGCUGUUGAUGAAUUUGGAGAGGUGAUCUAAAAAUUGGCUAAUAUAUACGGUAUUGUCUGGGAAUAACUUGCGGUUUCAACUCUGAUGUACACCACUGAUCAAUUAUUAUUUUUUUUUUAAAAACUCUUCAUCUUACCUACACCAGCAAUAAUAACCUCAGCACGGGGACAUAUUCUUAGAGUUAAUGGCUGACUCGAAUUAGUCAUUGUUAGAAUGUCAUCUCCCACUUGUUAGUCAUUAAUCUUCAGGUUAUGCCCUGUACCUCGACAGCUUCACUGUAUGCUUUGUGGGGUGGAGUCUUCCAAUACAGCUGUGGUGUUCAAGCACAAGCGCAGUAAAAUUGUUAAUGCUUCUACAUUUUCACAUGUUGAACCACAAAAGCUGAAUUUUACACUGUUCUAAAGAAAUGUGCCUUUUAAAGAGAGAGAGAAUUUAAUAUUGCAUCACUGAUGUGUAAAACUUACUGCUGGCCAGAGUAUCUGCACACUUUCAUUGUUUUGUCAAUAUUUUUAAGUUAGGCCUGAAUGUGUCUACAACAACUUUCUUGUCAAAUGCAGUAUGUGGAAUGGAAGAAUCCCUUAACGGCGCUUGCCUUGGCAUUGACUCAGCCUGUUAUUAAGGGGAGGGGGUUGUUUAUUUGUUUUUUUAAGUGAAAAGUCUUAAACAAGGGCUGUGGUAUUUUUUUUCUUAUAGCUUCCCUAUAAUUUUAAAGUUGAAUGAGAGAUUACAACACUGUUUGGUAUUGUAAAACUUGGCUAAAUGUAUCUGUAUCAAAUUGCCAUGCUAAUUUACAGCCUAAUUAAAGCCUACUGUUGCCAAUAAAAAGGGUUGUUAUUCUCCUUCAUAA